UGUGUGAGAGACAGUAUGUGCGUGUUAAUAUGAUAUGGUGAUUGAGAAAGACUGAGUAAGCUGUUGGACUGGGCUGCUGGUGUUGCAACAGUGUUAAGAGUUAGUGUGUACCAGGCAGUGACCUUUCACCUUUUCAGCUGCACCAGAGGAAAGGUCAGGGGUGAUGCGGCGCUCAUGGACCCUACCUAACCAACCAAAGAGGACUCAAAGAGCCCGCUCUAAGAGUAUGGUGAUGGGAGAUAUGUCGGGCGGCGCUCUGCGCGUGUGUUCCCCGUGUGGCCAGGAGGGGGCACUGAAGGCCGGCUGGCUCAGGAAGCAACGCAGCAUUAUGAAGAACUGGCAGCUGCGCUGGUUUGUGCUCAGAGCAGAUCUACUGUACUUCUAUAAGGACCAGGAGGAAACCAAACCACAGGGCUGUAUCCCUCUGCAUGUGAGCCAGGGCUGUAUCCCACUGCAGGGUUGCCAGGUGAGGGAGCAGACGUCCAAUCAGGAUGACGGAGGAAGGCACCUGUUUGAGAUUCUUCCAGGUGGAGGAGAGAAGGAGAGGUCUUCAGUGGGUCAUGAGUCUCUCCUGCUAAUGGCUGCCUCCCAGUCAGAGAUGGAGGACUGGGUCAGAGCCCUACAGAGAGCAAUCUGGGGCCCGCUGGGAGGAGGCGUGUUUGGUCGGCAUCUGGAGGAGACGGUGGAGUGUGAGCGUGAGCAGGGUGUGUGCGUGCGUCUGGCGCCUCUGCUGGUAGAGCAGUGUGUGUGUUUCAUCCGUGAGCAGGGGCUCAGGGAGGAGGGGCUGUUCAGGAUGCCCGGCCAGGCCAGCCUCGUCAAGGAGCUGCAGGACGCCUUCGACUUCGGCCACAAGCCACAGUUCGACAGUAACACAGAUGUACACACAGUGGCCUCUCUACUGAAACUCUACCUGAGGGAACUUCCAGAGCCAGUCAUUCCCUUCACCAAGUACCAGGACUUCAUCACAUGUGCUCAACUACUGCUCAAAGACCAGGAGGAGGGCCUCUUAGAACUGGGGAAUCAAGUGAAGACUCUCCCUCAGGCCAACUACAACCUCCUCAAAUACAUAUGCAAGUUCUUGGAUGAGGUCCAGUCCUACUCUGAUGACAAUAAGAUGGGUGUGCAGAAUCUGGCCACUGUGUUUGGGCCCAACAUUCUCCGGUCCAAGACCGACGAUCCAGUCAGGAUGAUGGAGGGCACAUCUCAGGUCCAGCAGCUGAUGACAGUGCUGAUUAGUGCUCACACACGGCUGUUUGAUGGAGCGGGCGUGUGUGAUGCCCGUGGCGUGUGUGAUGCCCCUGGCGUGUGUGAUGCCCCUGAUGUGUGUGUGGACCCUUCGGUGCCCCCAAAAUGCUGCGGAGUGGAAUGGGAGUCAGCGGAGCAGUUGCCCCCACCCUUACACACACCCCCUGAGCCCCCGCGCGCUGAGAGCCCCAGCAAACAGCGCCCCCUGUCUGGCUGGAGGUGUUCGUUCAGGGGGGCGCGCAUGGGGGGGUCGGCCGUGGACGUGUCGAGCGGGGGAGGGUCCAGCUGGCUGAUGAACGGCCUGUCGUCGCUACGCAACCACCGCCGCACGUCGUCAGGGGAACGGGUGCGAGAGCCUGCCCACUCUCACCGCCUCUCCACCUAUGACAACGUCAGCCUGCCCGCCUCCAGUCUGAGCGUGCCCAGUGUGGCCUUCUCUUGUGAGAUUGCACGACUGGACUCCACCACAGGGAGCGCUAGAGAGGCGUCUGGCUCCCCGAGCGCUACGAGAGGGACAGAAACACCAGACGCAGUGUGUGUGAGUGCUGACACACAACAGGUGUGUGUGAGCUGUGACACACCACAGGUGUGUGUGAGCUGUGACACACCUGAGGUGUGUGUGAGCAGUGACAUGUCUGAGGUGUGUGUGAGCAGUGAGACACCUGAGGUGUGUGUGAGCAGUGAGACACCUGAGGUGUGUGUGGGCAGUGACAUGUCUCAGGUGUGUGUGAGCAGUGGUGGGUGCAGGAGUAAUGCUGGAGAGGCGGAGCCAAAGCCAGGUGGCGGUAGCCAAUCAGAGCAGAGUGAGGGAGCGCUGGUGACGGAAUUAAAGACCGAACUGAAGAAGCAGAAGAUCUCUUAUGAGAGAAGGAUACGCACGUUGGAGGAGUGUAAAGCAUCUCUGCAUGCGCGGGUUGGGCGUUUGGAGGCGGAGCUUGACCAGGAGCAGAAGCGCUUCCGCAUGCUGGAGAUUAAACUGCGCAACUCUGAGCGCGCUCAGAAGGACGCCGACAAGAGGAACCACAUGCUGCAGACUGAGAUGGAGGAGUUCUUCUCUACACUCGGAGACCUCACACAGCCGGGGAAGAUAUAACACACACACACACACACACACACACACACACACACACACACACACCUGGUGUGCAGUGACUGAGAUUGACACAGACAUGAAUGUUGUUGUGAAUGUAACUUCGGUCAGGUGAGGCUCAUUUUCCUCUUCAGACUUCCUUAUUUGGAGGACAGAGGGCUGGACCUGUGAUGAUUGACAGAUGACGCGGUAGCCCUUAGCCCCUCCCUCUUGGAGUAGCCUGGUGCUUCUGUAUCAAACCAAAGCAUGACGACCCCUAACCCACACCACUACCCACGAUCCCCCUAAAGAUGGGCUGCCAGUGGAAACAGCCCUCCAAUCACAGUGACAGUGCCUUUCAAGCUGAAACCUCAACUCUGACCCUGUCACCACAGUUCCUCUGGACCAGUGACCUCUAACCUUGACCUGAUGAGCCCGUGACCUCUAUGACCUCAGUGUUCUAACACUCCUCACUGCAGGGCUCUCUGUAUGUUCUAAGCCCAGGAACCUCAGCCUGCUGUUCCGGCAUGAGCAGCCUCUGUGCUCUCAAUGUGUGUGAGCAUCUGUGUAGAUGCAUGUGUAUACGUGUACACGUGUGUCUGUCUGUGUGUGUGUGUGUGUGUGU